CGGCGGCGCGGGCCGCGUGCUCCGGGGCUGCCCCAGUCCGCGCGCGGCGGCGGCACCGAGCGGCGGGAGCCGGCCCCGGGGAGCGCCCCCCAGACACCGCGACCCCGCCGCGACCCCGACCCCCCGGAUCUCUUCUUCUUCCCCUCGGCCCCCCCAAGCCCAGCAUGGCCCGAGGAGCCCCGGCGCCGCCGCCUGCCGCCGUUCCGGAGCUGAACCGAGAGCCGGGAGGAGCGGAGCGGAGCGGCCGGUGCCGUCGCUCGGAUGUGUACGGCCUUCUCCCCCUCCUCCUCCUCUCCUCCAUGGCCGUCGUGCUCCGCCUUCUCGGCCUCUCCGGGAGCGCUCCGUGGCCGGCGGGCAGCAGCGCACGUCGCGAUCGUCGCGGCUGGCUCCAGUGACCGCGCCCCAGCCCGGCCAUGUACCCCCAGGGCCGGCACCCGGCUCCGCACCAGCCGGGCCAGCCGGGCUUUAAAUUCACCGUGGCCGAAUCGUGCGACCGGAUCAAGGACGAGUUCCAGUUCCUGCAAGCCCAGUACCACAGCCUGAAAGUGGAGUACGACAAGCUGGCGAACGAGAAGACGGAGAUGCAGCGCCAUUACGUGAUGUACUAUGAGAUGUCGUACGGUUUGAAUAUUGAAAUGCACAAACAGACAGAAAUUGCUAAAAGGCUGAAUACAAUUUUAGCGCAGAUCAUGCCUUUUCUGUCACAAGAGCACCAACAGCAAGUUGCACAGGCUGUUGAACGUGCCAAGCAAGUGACAAUGACGGAGUUGAAUGCUAUCAUCGGGGUACGUGGACUUCCCAAUCUGCCUCUCACCCAGCAGCAGCUCCAGGCUCAGCACCUCUCCCACGCCGCCCACGGGCCCCCGGUCCAGCUGCCGCCGCACCCCUCGGGCUUGCAGCCUCCCGGCAUCCCGCCCGUCACCGGCAGCAGCUCGGGGCUGCUGGCGCUCGGCGCCCUGGGCAGCCAGGCACACCUGGCUGUAAAGGACGAGAAGAACCACCACGACCUGGACCACAGAGAGCGCGACUCGAGCGCGAAUAACUCCGUGUCGCCCUCGGAAAGCCUGAGAGCCAGCGAGAAGCACCGGAGCUCCACAGAUUACAGCAUCGACUCCAAGAAGCGGAAAGCGGAGGAGAAGGACAGCAUGAGCCGAUAUGACAGCGAUGGUGACAAGAGCGACGACCUGGUCGUCGACGUCUCCAACGAGGACCCCGCCACCCCCCGGGUCAGCCCGGCCCACUCCCCCCCGGAGAACGGCAUCGACAAAGCCCGCGGGCUGAAGAAGGGGGACGCACCGAACAGCCCGGCCUCGGUCGCCUCCUCCAGCAGCACUCCCUCCUCCAAAACCAAGGACCUGGGCCACAACGAUAAAUCGUCAACGCCCGGCCUCAAGUCGAACACUCCGACGCCGAGGAACGACGCCCCCACCCCGGGCACAAGCAGCACCCCGGGGCUGCGACCGAUGCCUGGCAAGCCGAGCGGCAUGGACCCUCUGGCCUCAGCCCUGCGGACGCCCAUCUCCAUCGCGGGUUCGUACGCGGCCCCCUUUGCCAUGAUGGGGCACCACGAGAUGAACGGCUCGCUCACCAGCCCCGGAGCCUACGCCGGCCUGCACAACAUCCCCCCGCAGAUGAGCGCCGCUGCCGCCGCCGCCGCCGCCUACGGCCGGUCGCCAAUGGUGAGCUUUGGAGCUGUCGGCUUCGAUCCUCACCCACCCAUGCGAGCCCCCGGCCUGCCCACCAGCCUGGCGUCCAUCCCCGGAGGGAAGCCAGCCUACUCGUUCCACGUCAGCGCCGACGGGCAGAUGCAGCCGGUCCCCUUUCCCCACGACGCCCUGGCCGGCCCCGGCAUCCCGCGGCACGCCCGGCAGAUCAACACGCUGAGCCACGGGGAGGUGGUGUGCGCCGUCACCAUCAGCAACCCCACCCGGCACGUCUACACCGGCGGCAAGGGCUGCGUAAAGAUUUGGGAUAUCAGCCAGCCGGGCAGCAAAAGCCCCAUUUCCCAGCUCGACUGCCUGAACAGGGAUAAUUACAUCCGCUCCUGCAAGCUGCUCCCCGACGGCCGCACGCUGAUCGUGGGGGGGGAGGCCAGCACGCUCACCAUCUGGGACCUGGCCUCCCCCACGCCCCGCAUCAAAGCCGAGCUCACCUCCUCCGCCCCCGCCUGCUACGCGCUGGCCAUCAGCCCCGACGCCAAAGUCUGCUUCUCCUGCUGCAGCGACGGCAACAUCGCCGUGUGGGACCUGCACAACCAGACGCUCGUCAGGCAAUUCCAAGGCCACACGGACGGUGCCAGCUGCAUAGACAUCUCGCAUGACGGUACGAAGCUGUGGACGGGGGGGCUGGACAACACCGUGCGCUCCUGGGACCUGCGGGAAGGGCGGCAGCUCCAGCAGCACGACUUCACCUCCCAGAUCUUCUCGCUGGGGUACUGCCCCACGGGCGAGUGGCUGGCGGUGGGCAUGGAGAGCAGCAACGUGGAAGUGCUGCACCACACCAAGCCCGACAAGUACCAGCUGCACCUCCACGAGAGCUGCGUCCUCUCCCUCAAGUUCGCCUACUGCGGGAAAUGGUUCGUGAGCACGGGGAAGGACAACCUGCUCAACGCCUGGAGGACGCCCUACGGAGCGAGCAUCUUCCAGUCCAAGGAAUCCUCGUCUGUCUUAAGUUGCGACAUUUCAGCGGAUGACAAGUACAUCGUAACGGGCUCUGGUGACAAGAAGGCCACGGUCUACGAGGUCAUCUACUAACCACGGAGCGGAGCGGGGCUGGCGGCGCCGCGCGCGCCGUGCUGCAGCCGGGCGGUGGCAGGGCUCGGCGCACGGAGGCAGCGGCCGGGGGCUCGGCCACCGACGGGCGGCCCGGGAUUACACACGGAUUUAUUUGGAGGUCUGCAAAUAUGGCACACAUUGAAGCCCUAAACGACUUUUGGUUUUGGUUUUAGGGUUUUUUUUUUUCUUUUUUUUUUUUUUCCUUUUUUUUUUGGUUUCCUGGUUCUUUCCGUCUGCGCUUUGGUGGCACUAUACAGGACUUAUUUUUUAUUGUGACUUUUUUUUUUUUUUUUUUUUUUUUUUUUGGUGCAUCCUGCAUAAGACUUGUGAAAAAUGUAAAUACCGGACUAGUAAAUAGCAUUUGGAAGGGUGGGGGACCCCUCCCGGUACACUAGGUGUGUAUUUUUCGUCUGCUGUAAUUGUAUUCCACUGAUGGUUUUGGUGGUGGCAAUUUUUUUUUUUUUUUUUUUUUUCCUUCCCCCCCCCCCCUCCCCGCCCCAAAGCGUCCGUUUGGGACGCGACCUGGACAUGCAGCGUGUAACCAGACUGAGCAAAGAUGUCCACUGGUGAAAGUUGUUCCUACUGUCGUACACGUGCGUUGUUCGGUGUGUUAGUCGUGUUCGGACGCUGUACGGACUGCGGUGAAGUCGGUCGGAUCCUCAGCUACUGACGGGACAUCAGCAAAAACAAUCACGUUUUUAUAUGGAUUUUUGUGCUCGUAUGUUUGAAGAAAAGGGGAAGCCCGCGAAUCCGGGAAUCAUCUGCUCGAGCCCUUCUUGGUCUUCGGACAUAAGCAAUGAGGAGUGAUUUCAAAGAAAGCAUAGUAAAUUCAGCUCAGGGAGCCACGAAAGAUAAUAGCAACUUAUGUGUUUUGUAUUCAAAUGAAAGUAAAGAAUUAGAAUUGAUAACCUUUAAAAUACAGUUUUUUAAAGCAAAGUUUACUAACAAGUAGGGUUUGUGUGUGGUGGGGGGAAGGGGCUGGCUUUGGUAGGGUCCUGUGGCUAUAUGGUCUUGUGUCUUCUGGUAUAUAGGUUCCGAUGAAGCAAAACCCAUCCCCGCACAGGCCUGCAUUUCAGCAUUUUGUACUAAAGGGUAAAAAAAAAAAAAAAGAAAAAAAAAAAAAAAAAAAAAAGAAAAAAAAAGGAAAAAAAAAAAAGAAAUAACGGGAAAUAAAAGUAUUUGUGUAGCAGAAGUGCUCACCCUGUAUUGUAGCAUAUGGAAGAGAAUUUUUAUACUACGUUUUUAA